AUGGACGUAAAAUUCUUUUGUCUCACAUUUCUCGCGUCAUUUUUCGUCGCAAAUUUCGUUUCGGCAGCUGGAAACUCGACAGCUCUUGUGCGCGAUUUUGUGCCUCGUCGCUCCAAUAGGACGAGCAAAAUUUUGAUUUACAACCGAGGAGGCUCCAUUCGAAUGGUUUGCGGCAUUCUUGUGCCGACUUUUAUCCCAAAAUGGCAGAAUAUUAACAUGCUGGUGAACUGGAGUGUGGGUUUCAAUAUGCCCACGAACGCCAACGAAUGGCUACAAAAGUUCUCGGGCAACGCAAAUUGGGCUGUGACAAAGAGAUCCAUGGAUGUCAUCGAGAAAGGCGACGACACUCGUCAAAGAUUUUAUAAUUUUAUCGAAAAAGAAUUCGCGAGAUUUGGGAGUAAAGGACACGAGUGUCUCUUGAGGACAAUUUGUGAAGUAGCGGAAGCUCCAAUUACACACAAUGGACUCAUUGGGGAAUUGAUGCAGUUGGUUUUCACGCCAGGAGACGAUGAACAAGUAAAUAUCGAGUACAAGUUGGCAAAGAAAGCAGGAUAUCAUGGAGCGGAUUGUCAAGAACUUUAUCAUGAAUGUCCUUAUGGGCAUGGAUUCUUGGAAAAAUUUUCCGUGUUAGGUUAUGUUACGUCAAAGACCUUCUUGAAGGCAUUUUUGUAAAUAAAUUAUUAGU